AUGCCUAACAGCACGAAGAUUCGCAUGACUCAAUCGUUGAUGCCACAGAUCAAGAGAGGCAGUGAAAGCUCAAGGAACGACGCGACUUUGAAUAUGAAGAGGCAGAGAAUAGAGUCCAUUAGUCGCAGAUCCCCGAUAAAGUUCAGCCUUCGUGUGGCGGUCCUUGAUCACAAAAUAGGAAUCAAAGAAUUCAAUCGAAAUGGGAUUAGUGCGAGUUAA